CCGGCUGUCAGCUGGUCUGGUCACGUGGUGCGGGGUGGAAGGUCGCCGCCGCUCACAAUGGAUCUGUCGGAGGACUGGCAGAGGGGUUUGCACCGCUUAGCGGAUCCGGCCCGGUUUGGCCCCAAAGCCUUCAGUGCUGUUCUCCGGGGAGCCCUCCAGAGCCUGGUCCGGGGCCCCGCCGCCCAGUGCGCCCUAGAUGACACAGAGCUCCGACACAUUGCCCCGUCUGCAGUCAAAGAAUGUCACUCGGCAGUCGCAGCGUGUGUCCUGGAGGCUGUGAAGCACAAUGUAGACAGAGCAGCCCUCAGCUCCCUCCUGGAGGAAUGCAAGUUCGAUAAAGAAAGGACAGAAGAGUUUUGGACAGAAUAUCAGAAACACAAGGAACCUCUGGAGAUCCUUCUAGGAAACAUAGGCAGAUGUCCCCCACACCUCUCGGAUGUGUCCUGGCGUCUGGCAUAUGAAAUCAAGACUAAUCAGCUGCACAAAACCUACGGACCGUCCUACUUUGUGAGAUUCAGUUUAGAGACCUUGGAUCCCAACCAGGCCCAAGAUGUUAGCUUUAAUUGCUCCAUGGAACAACUGCAGGAUUUAGUAGGAAAACUUAAAGAUGCAGCUAAAAGCCUGGAGAGGACGUCUCAGAUUGAUCAGACUGGCUUGUUGGGAAAACUGGGAUCCCGGAAACCUCUUCCCGGGACUGAGAUCUACACACAGGCGGUACAGCUCUAUAACUCUAAUCUCAUCUCAUUCAGUAACUAUAUGACGUCAUAUGGUGCCCUGAACGUCAUUCCCAUGGAAGAGAUUGAGAGAGAGAGAAAACCUUUCUACAGAGCAAUCAUGCAUCGGACGACCAGGAUCAAAAUCACGGAGCUGAACCCCCAUCUCAUGUGUGUUCUCUGUGGAGGAUACUUCAUAGACGCCACGACUAUUAUUGAGUGUCUUCAUUCUUUUUGUAAAACCUGCAUUGUGCAUUAUCUGGAGACGAGCAAAUAUUGCCCCAUUUGUGAUGUUCAGGUGCACAAGACCAGACCCCUGCUGAAUAUCAGGGCAGACAAAACCCUUCAAGACAUUGUGUACAAGCUAGUGCCAGGGCUUUUCAAAAAUGAAAUGAAACGCCGCAGAGACUUUUAUGCAGAUCAUCCUACUGCAGCUGCGGCAAAUGGCUCCAAUGAGGACCGGGGGGAGGUGGCAGACGAAGACAAAAGGAUCAUUACAGAUGAUGAGAUCAUCAGUUUAUCCAUCGAGUUCUUUGACCAGAACCGGGUGGACCAUAAAGGAAACAGAGAGAAGGAGAAAUCGAAGGAGGAGGCCAAUGACAAGAGGUACCUGCGCUGUCCUGCUGCAAUGACUGUGAUGCAUCUGCGGAAGUUUCUGAGAAGUAAAAUGGAUAUUCCCAAUACUUUCCAGAUCGAUGUGAUGUAUGAAGAGGAGCCCCUGAAAGACUAUUACACGUUAAUGGACAUCGCAUACAUCUACACGUGGAGGAGGAAUGGACCUCUCCCUUUGAAGUACCGCGUGAGACCCGCUUACAAGAGGAUGAAGAUCAGCCACCCUGCCGACAGAAUGAACAGCCUGAGCGGGGACCUGGAAAGUGACUCUGGCAGCGACAAAGCAGGGAGCCCCGCAGGUGGGGUGCCCUCCACUUCGGCCUGCAUGCCAAAGCCCAACACCCCCGUACAGUCGCCGCACCCUCAGUUCCCCCACAUCUCCACCACCAUCAACGGGAACAGCUCCACUCCCAGUACCAACCACCAGAACCCCUUCACCAACAGAGCCAGGAAAAUGUCCCUCAACGGUUCUUCUGCCACUUCCUCCGGGUGAAGGAGAGCUUCUGGGGCUACACCAAUAGAGACCAGCACACACAACGUAACUAGGAUCUUCAUACCAUUACAAGCUUUAUAGAUGCUAAUAUCCUGUGACUGUCCCAAUCGCCUACUUUUUUUUCUUCUAGUAAAUCCUCCACAUGGCCAUGGAAGCGAGUCAAUGUGGUGUUUUUAUCUGGAUAUUUGGUUUCCAUUAAAAAAACAACAGACUUUCAACGUGAUGUGUCUGAUGGAAAUAUGAAACCUGAAAUUGAGGACAAGCUGGAUCUACAGUGGUUGACUAAGUGGAUUUAAUUGUGGACCUGGAAAGUCACACUGGAGGGGAGGAUCCGUGUUGUGGAU